AUGGUCCCCCGGAUCGCGUCGUUUUACUCGCGCAUGUUCAACUGUGCAUGCAUACGUCGAGCGGACUGGGCGCGAUUUUCGCUGCUCAGGAGCUUGAGCUUUACUGGUGUCCUUGGAGUCAUUCGCUUGUACACUGCUACCUGGAUCAUUCCAGGUCGGACGAUUUCGUCCCAUUCCAACUACAGUCAUUCGCUAUUCUUCCGCUGGUCGAGCGUUUUGCUUCGCUUUUCUUCUUGUGCUCGGCCA